AUGCCUCUGAGAGACACGCUCAAUGACGACGAAGCCUCUGCUGCAGUGUCCAAUUCUUGGGCGACAACGUCCUUUUCUUCAGCCGUAAACACUAGUCAGAACCGGCCAGCGAUCCGGCGACGUGGGUCUGAUGGCACUGCUCGACUGAGGAACGGCCAUACCUCCGAUCGCGGUGUCCACUUGCGCGCGCGGACAGUCGACGAUGGCACGGACGGAGCAGCCAGCCAUCCUCUUGACUCGGCCACAGGGAGCAGUAAGGACAUAUCGUCGCUCGACAAGCGUGCAUCUACGAAUGUUACGCGGCAGCGCUCGAACCGUUACCUGAGCAACAUAGAGGCCUCGGGCGACGCGGCUGAUGGAGAUGGGGGAGGUGUGAUGCCAAAGGACUCGCUCCCAGGCGUCGCUCUCAAGUACGGUAUAACGCUGCAGGAGCUUCGCCGUGCAAAUCAGCUGUGGCCAUCUGAUCCGAUUCAUCUACGCAAGGAGCUCUAUAUACCCUUAGACAAGGCUCGACACUCUAGAGAAUUCCAGUCCACACUCCUAGACCACAGGAUAGCACGCCACGAGGCACAGCCAGCUAGAGAGGAUAGACAUGGCCCUACAGAGGACGAUCGAUCAAGCCAAUUCACCAUUAUACGCGUUCCUGCAUCUCGACUAUCAUAUUUUCCCCCGUCCUCGUCAAGCUCCACUUCCAGCACAAAGUCAUCUACACUGCCCCGAAGCGCUCCAGCUACAGGCCCCUCACCACUCCCAUCUAUCUUCACUGACGCUGCUCCGUGGAAGUCGCACAUUCCGUCGUCCGGCUCUAUUCCCAUGCCAUCACCCUUCCGAUCGCCGAGCUCUGGUCUGGGAGUAUUGAUCAACUCUCUCCCGCUUCACGUCUUUCCUUCGGCAAGAGGCUUGUUCAAAGGCAGGCCAUCCAUAGACUCGACGAGCGGAACCCCGUCGUCUCAGAGUGACGACUUGGAGUGGGAGCACGAGAUGGAGGACGUCAGCGUUACUUCGUCUACUGGGAAGACGUUUCGAAUAGGAUCUAUGCGGAGACGGCACGACGAACAUUCCCCGGAUCAGGCGUCGGGUUUUGCCAAUGGAAGCGAAACAGGGCGCACUAUUGAAGAUGUCGAGAUGAACGUGCUCGAUAUGAAAGCUUCUGCGCUUCUUCCGCAUCGUGGUGGUCAAAUAAUCGUCCAGACUGCCCUUUCAUCUGCUAAAGACGGCUCGCGCCGGAAAGUGCCGUACGCCGACGUCGGGCGAGCCGAAGCGUCGCCUCUCACGCCCACCCCGGUACGCACAGCGCAGCUGGAGCCUUCACCCGCGAUGCAAUUUCCGCUCUCCCGGAAGCAGAAGAGAUCAAAGUCGCGAGAUUCAUGAAGAGCCGCGCCAUCGCCAUUCUGUGAUGGCGGCAUGUCGUCCAGGUCAUCGGUUGUACCAUUCCCCCGGAGUCCGCCUAUUGUGUCCACACACGCGGACGCGCCGUCGGAUAUUGGCGCGCAAUGUAGCCAGUCAAUCAAAGCGGCUGGUCUUUACAUGGACAAAGUGGUCGGCACAGCCGAGGCUGUCGGGGACGGUGGCCGCUGACUGAUGCGUUCUGGGAAGCAUGGGCAUCAGUCGAGGUUAGCAAUUUCAUCUGCUACAGAAACGGCGAGGUAGAAUACGCAGCCUCUUCUUGCCUUCGUCGACCACCCUGUCUAUGCCCUUUCCCCCGUACACGCACCUUCGACACGCCGAGAAAUGCGACGACUUCCCGGUCAAUAUGGUUGCCUUU